AUGUGUACCGAGGAUGAGCUACUGAAAAUGUUCUUUGAUGAGGAGUUCGUCCCUCACGCAUAUCUGGACAUACUUCUUUCCGCAGAGAACAUGCCAAUCAGUGAACUCCAAUCAAUUUCCACCACCCUACUCUCAAAACUUGAUCUUUACACUGAUUGCCUCACAAGAGAGUUGGGAUCGACUAUAGAUAAGCUCCGGAAGCCCACCGAGCUGCUUUCCUUUUCAACCUCGUACUCGCAAGCAGAGGGUACAACUAAGCUGGAGUACUACCUCGAAACUUUGGGAAAUUCGGUCAAGAACUUGAAGGACGACAUCGCAGGCGUCAACAAGCAACUCACGGAAAUAAAGAAGAAUAACCAAGAGAGCACUAAGACUGUUGUGGACAUCAAAGAUCUGAAGACUGUUAAAACAAAUUUGCAAAAAGUUUUAAACUGCUUCGAGCAACUCAGAUCGAUUGUAAUAAUUUCAGCGGAAAUCACCGACAAAAGUCAACCACAGGAGCUGAUAUCCGUAUCAAGUUUCAAGAGUUCCCUCAAAGUGCUAGGUGACAUAAUAGUCUCCAGUUUCAAAGAAUCUUCUGAAACAGAAUUGUCUAGCGUUCAAAACGAGGAGUUGCUGAAAAAGGUUGGCUACUUUGCUGAUUUGAAGCCUGUUUUCAAAGACCUUACCAAGUAUUAUUCUUUGUAUGGGGCCUUUAUUGAUCGCAUCAAACAUGAGGCCGACAUAUACAUUCAGGGAAAGGAUAUUGACCCCUCCUUUGCCUGA